CAGAACUAACCGCCGUUUGUAUUCUCUGUUGCAGAAAUCAAGAUGGCCAAAGUUCCUGAUCUCUUUGAAGACCUGAUGAACUGUUUCAGUGAAAAUGAAGAAGACAGCUAUGCUAGUGAUGAUUCCUCUUUGAAUCAGAAAUCUUUCUAUGAUGCAAGCUAUAGCCAACUUCAUAAGGACUGUGUGAAUACAGCAUCUCGGAAUACCUCUGAAACCUCUGUGUCAUCCCACCUUACCUAUAAGGAGAGUGUGGUGGUAGUGGCAUCUGAUGGGAAUAUUUUGAAGAAGAGGCGCCUGAGUUUAAACCAGUCCAUCACUGGUGAUGAUCUGGAGACCAUUGCCAGUGAUCCAGAAGAAGAAAUCAUCGUGUCCACAUCGGCAACUUACAGCCACCAGAGUAAGGGAAAUUACAAAUAUUUGAGGACUAUCAAACAAGAGUUUACCCUGGCUGAUCCCCUCAACCAAAUCCUGAUUCGGGACAACUCUGAUCAGUACCUCAGGGCAGCAGCACUACAGAACAUGGACGACGCAGUGUUAUUUGACAUGGAGAUGUACAGGACAGAAUUGGAAGAUUCCACAAUUCCUGUAACUUUAAGAAUCUCAAACACUCGACUGUUUGUGAGUGCCCAGAACGAAAAUGAACCAGUGUUGCUGAAGGAGUUGCCUGAGACACCCAAAGACAUCACAGACAGUGAGCUUGACCUCCUCUUCUUAUGGGAAUCUCAAGGCACUAAGGAAUACUUCAAGUCGGCUGCCAACCCAGAGCUGUUUAUUGCCACAAAAUCAGAACAUUUGGUGCACAUGGCAAAGGGGUCUCCCUCGAUGAUUGACUUUCUGAUCUCAGAAAAACAUUCGUGACUCUGGAAAGCCACUCACUAGUGAAGCGUUAACCAUCUGUAUGUACCAUGUACAUGAAGUUGAAUUCCUCACUCUUAGUCAUUUGCUCAGCACGUGCUGAGCCUGUGUAAUUCUAAAUGAAUGCUUCCCCUCUUUGUAAAAGAGGUGUCAAGUUUAAUGAAAUCAACACUAACAUAUCAUGCUGUUUGUUGUUGAAAGAACACCCUAUACUUUGCACAGUAGUAAUCAUUUUAAUUACUAUUCUUCACAACAAUCUGAGGAGGGCUAAGGCUACUGACUAUGGCAGCCAAAAAAAAAAAAAGACUAAGCGUAUCACAGAUGGGUUUGCUAAGGCUUAGUGUAACUAACAGAUGCAUUUAAUAGCAGUUAGAAUGAGAAGCUACAGACCCAGGAUAUCCUUCAAACUCUUUUCCUUCUGCUUUGAUCCUUAAUCAAACAGUUAAGUUUUCAGGACCUCAGUUAUUAUUUUCAAAAUAGAAGAAAUAAAUAAGACCUACAUCCUUCUUGCCUCAAUGGCUCUUCAUGUCAAACAAUAGGUCAUUUUGUUAAAAUAAUGUUUGAAGCUGAGCUUCAAGGAAAAAAAAAAGAAAAAUAUGUAAUGUUAUUUUUUAAGUUAUUUAUGUAUGUGUAUUUAUAAAUGUAUUUAACAUAAUAAUAUAUGGUGAUAUUUAUGGCAGCUUCUUACAGAGUCUAAGUAGGAAACCUCAACAACAGUAAGCAGUGUUUUCCAUGUUGAAUGAAUCUGUUGUGCUUCAUACAUUUCCAAGAACGUCUAAUCUCUAAUCCCUGAGAGCCCUGUACAUAUGAUAAUAAAUUAUUUUUAAUUUAUUUGCUUAUUUGAGCUGAUAACUGGGUAAAUAUUUCAUUCUCCUGCCCUUAAACUUAUUUUCAUAUUUUUCUGUUACUGUUCUACCUGCAGUCAAGUCUUAUUAGCUAAAAUUAGAUGAACUGAACUUUGGCAACCAUGGUAUCCAAAGUUUCCUUUCUGGAAUAGAAUAUAAUCAGUGCUUCUUCUCAUUUCUAAAAAUUGUGAUCAAACCAUAAUGUUACCUCAUUACCAAUAAAAAUCAUUGUCUCAUUAUUACCAAUCAAAAUCGAAUAAACUUAAAAAAAUU